AUGGCCGGGUCUGCGUGUGCAUCUUCUUGUUGUGCCUCUGCGUUCAUUCCUAAAUCGACAACUCGAGUUUCAUCUGUCGUUGGCGGCAAUGCAAGUUUCGUCAACAACCGAAUUUCUCGCUUCCGCGUUAGGGUUUCCAUGGUUGACUCUUCCUCUUCCUCCUCCGAUUUUACUAAACGCAUGGAGCAAGCCUGGUUAAUCUCUCAGCAACCAAGACCUGUUGUGUGUUCGUCAUGCAACUCAAAAGGGUAUAUUGAAUGCAAAUGGUGUGGAGGUACUGGUUUUUUGGUUCUUGGUGACCACAUGCUUUGUGAAGUUCCAUCCAGAAACACUAGUUGUAUUAUUUGCACUGGAAAGGGAUCAAUGUGCUGCUCGAAUUGUCAAGGAACAGGCUUUCGUGCAAAGUGGUUGGAAGAGCCUCCUACAUCCUAG